AUGAAGUCGGUCAUGUUCAGCAGGGCCAGCGCCCAGGGCCUGCGGUGCGCCGGCAGCCGCGCGCCCGCCCAGCGCAUGAGCAUGGGCACCCUCGCCACCUGGAGGACCCCCAAGGUGGCCAACGAGCCCAACCACCACUACGCCAAGGGCAGCGCCCAGCGCCAGGGCCUCACGGCCGCCAUCGAGCAGCUCCAGCAGAAGCUGCCCCUCGAGGUUCCCGUCGUCGUCGGCGGCAAGGAGAUCAAGACGUCGUCGCUCUCCCACCAGCUCAACCCGUCGGACCACGCGACCAAGGUGGCCAACUACCACACGGCCACGCCCGCCGACGUGUCCAAGGCCAUCGAUGCCGCCCUCGCCGCCAAGCCCGCCUGGGAGGCGCUCCCCUUCGCCGACCGCGCCGCCGUCUUCCUCAAGGCCGCCGACCUGGUCGCUGGCAAGUACCGCUACGAGAUCAUGGCCACCACGGUGCUCGGCCAGGGCAAGAACGCCUGGCAGGCCGAGAUCGACGCCGCCGCCGAGCUCGCCGACUUCUUCCGCUUCAACGUCCACUACGCCCAGGAGCUGCUCAACCAGCAGCCCGAGCACAACGCCGCCGGCGUCUGGAACCGCCUCGAGUACCGCCCGCUUGAGGGCUUCGUCUACGCCGUCAGCCCCUUCAACUUCACCGCCAUCGCCGGCAACCUCCCCGGCGCCCCCGCCCUCAUGGGCAACGUCGUCGUCUGGAAGCCCAGCGACUUCGCCAUCGCCUCCAACUACCUCGUCUACAAGAUCCUGGUCGAGGCCGGCCUGCCCAAGGACGUUAUCCAGUUCGUCCCCGGCAACCCCGAGGAGAUCACAAAGGUCGCUCUCGGCCACAAGGAGUUCGCCGCGCUGCACUACACCGGCAGCACGGCCGUCUUCCGCAAGCUGUACGGUGCCAUCGGCCAGGGUGUCGCUGAGGGCCGCUACAAGUCGUACCCGCGCAUCGUCGGCGAGACUGGCGGCAAGAACUUCCACCUGAUCCACAAGUCGGCCGACGUGGACAAUGCCGCCAUCCACACCGUUCGCGGCGCUUUCGAGUUCCAGGGCCAGAAGUGCAGCGCCACCUCGCGCGUCUACGUCCCCAAGUCGAUCUGGCCCGCGUACAAGGACAAGCUCGUCGCCGAGACCAAGAAGCUCACCGUCGGCCAGCCCUGGGACCACUCCAACUUCAUGGGCCCCGUCAUCCACGCCGCCUCCUUCAAGAAGCUGUCGGGCGCCAUCGACGAGGCCAACGCCGAUAAGGAGAUGGAGCUGCUGACGGGCGGCGCCUACGACUCUUCCAAGGGCUACUUUGUGCAGCCCACCAUCUACCAGACCUCCAACCCCGCCCACAAGUUCCUGUCGACCGAGUUCUUCGGCCCCAUCCUGACCGUCUACGUCUACGACGACGCCGCCCCGGACAGCUUCGCCAAGGCGUGCGAGCUGGUCGACGGCACCUCCGACUACGGCCUGACGGGAUCCAUCUUCGCCGCGGACCGCGAGGCCGUGCGGUUCGCCGAGGAGAAGCUGCGCAACGCCGCCGGCAACUUCUACAUCAACUGCAAGAGCACCGGCGCCGUCGUGGGCCAGCAGGCCUUUGGCGGCUCGCGCGCCAGCGGCACCGACGACAAGGCCGGCAGCCCCAACCUGCUGACGCGCUUCGUCAACAUGCGCGCCAUCAAGGAGGAGUUUAACGCGACCACCAAGGUCGAGUACCCGAGCAACGAGGUUUAA